AUGUCCGUAACGAGCAAAUGGAUGAAAUGCUAUGGCUGCCUGCUCAUCUUUGUGCAACUGGCAAUUACAAUUGUAAUCGCCUGUAGAGUUUCAGAAUAUCCGUGCAAGGGAAGCACGAAUAUUUGUAUACCUCUGGAUAAAUAUUGUGAUGGCAAAGCUGACUGUGAGGAUGGCAGCGAUGAGCCGCGCCAUUGUACGGUUUGUAACCGCACCUAUUAUGGCGACAUUGGACGAACGUACUCCAUUAAGGUGCCAACACCACAGUGGAAUAAACUCCCGUUUCUGUGUCACUUAACAUUCACAGCAUCAGGACACGAUCAAGGUGACAUUGUACAG